AUGACCUACUCUUCUUAUAAUAUUAACACGCCAUCCCAAUAUUUGAUCUUGCGUAAACAUGACAAGAUUCUAAGUAUUUUAAUUAUAGGACAAUCUAAUCCAACUAAUAAAGACAGUGUGGAAACAGAUCUCAAAUUUUCAACCGCUCAUAGAUGUAAUGGUGAAACUUUAAUUACCAAAUUAACUUCAAAUAAUACAGAAGACUUUGUAAUACCCAGUACAUUCCUAUCUGAAAAGUUUAAAUCUUUGCCAAAAUUGGUCAAAUAA